GCACCAAUUCACCGUCGGUGUUUUCUUAUGUCCGUCCGCAACGAGGAUCUCCGCAUACGAAGUACAGGUAAGAUCUUACAUCUGAUCAACAAGCCACCGCAAUUCUUCAACGUAAACCCCUUCGGUCCCGAAUGUCCACCGGCGCACAUGAAUAAAUCCGCAAUAUCCAUUUCACAUGAUUGGCCACACCACCUUCUAAUCUAAUCAUGCCGCCAAAAAUGAUAUUUCUCGCAGGAGCUCCUACAUAUCACUCACUCAGCUGGGACGAAUCAAAACUCCAGAGUGACUUCACCGAACCCUUCAUCCAAUUCCUCCAUCUCCCUCAUCCAUACCCGAACUCCGCACCACGGAAUAGCAAUACGAGCGUCGUGGAAUUCUCCAUCGCUCAGAACCCAGAAUGGCGUGAACUUCCUCUCGAACGAAAACAUCUCACGACGGGAGCGUCCCAAGACCAUGCUUUUCAACCGCUGUAUGGCGGUCAUCCAUUAGAUUUCUUCUCAGCUACGACUUUUCUCUCGCAAUCCCAGCGAUACUCACAAUCGCUAUCUAAUUUGGAUUCAUACAUCUCUGUUGGUGAUGAAAAUUAUGGCGAUCAAGAGGUAGAUGGGGUACUCUCUCAAUUCUAUGAACAUUCCUACGCUAUCCACGAUAUCCCCUCUUCUCAAAUCACCUCCUCGGAUUUUGAUUCCACAUCCUACUCUACAUCCGGAUAUGACUCUCAAUCUCUGUUCCCACAAUCUGGGCAAAAUGAACAAGUUCCAAUGGCAGGUUACUUGACAAAUCUGAAAGAUAUGCCAAAUGCACAACAUUUAUCUUCAAUAGUCCCUCAAACCAUGACGGUUAAUCUCAUCGUGGGAAUUAUUUCAAUCUCAGAACCGAGAGCAAUAUCCACGAGACAAGGAGGCAAUGUAUCGCUUAUUGAGAUACUAGUUGGCGAUGAAACGAAAAGUGGCUUUUCCAUUAAUUUCUGGUUGUCGGGAAAGGGAAAAGAAGAAGUUAAGGAAGUAUUGGAAAAUCUUAGGGUUCAGGAUAUCGUGUUGAUGAAAAAUGUAGCGCUAGGAAGCUUUAGAGGGAAAGUUCAUGGACAAAGUUUGAGGAAGGAUAUGACGAAGGCUUGGUUGAUGUAUAGGGAGAAAAUUGACAGGAGUGAUGUGGGAGGAUGUUAUGGGAAGAGGGAUUUGGCGAAGGAGAUAGAUGUACAGGUGGCGAAGGUUAAGCGGGUGAGGGAUUGGGUGGUGAGUUUUGUGGGAGUUGCGACGACGAAUAAACGGGGUGUGAAGAGAGUUAGGGAAGAGUUACCGCCGGAUACUCAAUAAUCGAUUGGGAUAGUAUGUCAUGAGUUUGGUCUUCCGGCUCUGGUGUAAUUUCUUAGGGUUUAUUUCCUUCUCAAACUCCCACUCUGUCCCGCAUCUUCCCAACCCAAUAUCAGAAUCCCCAAUAUUCCCAAUCUUACCCGAUCAACCUCUUCGGUCCCUGUUACGGAUCCUACCCCUCUCAAAAUCUCAACCCAAAGACUCACUCACCUUAUUUCCCGCCCCUUCAUUAUUCCCAAGCCUCCUGACUCCCAAAAAGCGAACCGAGCAUUUCGCUGGCGGAUUCACCAAAUUCGCAUGUGGAAUUUACUCCAAACACCUGGACAAACCCGAUGACCGCACGGUCCCACAAUCGAAUUCCGCGCCGGCAACUCCUGAAUAAAAAUAGGACAAAUCGACAUCACAUUCGCAUCGCGCUAUCCCAUUAGAAGAUGAUCGAGAAAGAGCCCGAAGAUCCAUGAUGCCGUAUCAAGUACGUUGGCGCGGGGAAUGGCUCUCGGUCGCUGGAGAGUCACGCGCUAGAUUAGUGUUUGCACUUCUCCUAAUGCGGAGAGAUCUAAAUCGGGAACGAGAUGAGGGAGAAGGCCUGCAGGGAGCUCGUCAUGCAUGCGCUAGGGAGCUUCAUCGUCGUUGAGGAGAGAUACUAGACGAUUCUGGAAUUACAAUGCGGGAUUCUGGAGAUGCGGUUCUUGAUCGUAGUGUGUGAUGAGGUUGAAGGCUGGGGAAAAAUAUGGAAAUUUUGCCUGUUGACGAGAUUGAGAAAAUUGAGAGAUUUAUUAAUGGUUACGGUGGAGUGAUAAGCGAGUGAUUGAUGUAUGGGUGGAAGCAGGUGAUGUGAUGAUGUGAUGGAGUGGUGAAUGGGGAAUCUGUUUACCAAGCUCGCUACCCACCUAUCUACCUGCCUGCCUAGCUACCUAGCUAGCUCUAUUGAGCAUAGUACUUGAUAUGUAAGAAGAUUGAUAGAUAUAGUUAAGCUGGAAAUUUGCGGCGGGGUUGUGGCUUGUUGGUUGAUUUGGGGAGAGAUUGGUAAUGUGAUGGAAUGGGGGGAUAGGAUGGAAUAUCGGGUGAUAGAAUCUCAUCAAGUGAAGAAUAUAAGUACAUACAUAUAUAUACAUGCACACACACACACACACACACAAAUUAACAAUAAUAGCAGAACUAUAUCUUUCAUCCUCAAAUAGAGAUAUUCCAAAAAAGGCCGAUGUCACUACCAGCAUACAUAUAUAAACUGCACUGUGUGCACAAUGAAACGAAACGAAAAGGCA